GGGUCAUCGGAGAGGUUGGCAGCCCUGCGCACAUUGUUUAUCUGGACGAUGGCGUAAGUCGAGUCAGACGUGUGAGUGACCAGGUGGACAAGACUUAUUAAGUGUCAUUAGGGGACCAUGGCUUCCCCCAUGUCCCUCCCCAGCAGCCAGCAGCCCCAGUCCGCCCCCAGCCUGGCCGCCGCGUCAGCCGCCAACCGCCAGAGACAGCGGGAGGUGGAUGAGGUCAGCAUCGCAUCCGACUUCAGCAUAAUCCCUGAGAGCCUGGUUGACUUGGUGGUAGCAGAAGACGGAAGCCUAGCAAGAGGAGGAGGAAGAGGAGAGGAGGAGGAGGAGGAGACCAACCUCUCCACCAGUUUCCUCCACUCAGCUGAUCUCCGCAUCUCCUCUGCCGCCAUGGAGACACAUAGCAAGGUCCAGUUCCACAAGCUCCAGCCGAACUAUUAUUUGGACAGCGACAUACCUGUGACCUACUAUCUCGGGUCACAGGUCACCCCCGAGUCGUCCGAUCGGGUGGCUCUGUACAAGGUCGGGUUUGGGACUAUCCAGGACUAUGUGGACUACCUCUGGGCGCCCGUGCCGACUCCACACCAGCGACAACACAAUCUUCCGCUAACUGUGGUUUUUAAGGCCUCCAGUUUCCAGAGAGAACAGAACGCUGGAGAGUUCUUUCAGUUCUGCUAUGUGACCCAUUCUGGGGCGAUCGUCGGGGUCAGCGGCCCCUUCCAGCUCCUCCGGGUCGGGGCGGCGGGGCGGGAGGUCUGCGGAGUGGAGGAGGAGGACCUGGUGGCUGGCGGAUCGGCGGAUGAAGGGAUGGUUGUCAUACGAAGCAAGGAGAGUGUGUUACAGGAGAGACUCGUUAAGCUGUCGGAGGAGAGAGAGAAACUUCAAACCAGAGUGGAGGAAACGGAGGAAAGAAAGGGAGAGAUGGAGAAAAAAGUGGAGGAGCAGACCCAGCAGCUCACCCUCUGUCAACAUCACUUAAUGGCACUGGAGGUCAAACUGAAGAGGGAGACAGCGGAAAAGUGCGAAUUGAUGGGUCGCGUCGGACAGGUGGUGGAGGAAAGAGGUCACCUGGAGGAAAGACUGAGAGAGACGGAGAGAAAACUGACCAGGGAGAGAGAGAAGAUCGCUACCUUGGAGGAGAGAGUGGCCAAGAUUGGAGAGAAAGAGCGAUCAUUGGAGGAGUCUGCUUUGACCUCCCGCAAGUCCUUGGAGGAGAUGACCUUGAGGGUGAAGAAGAUGGAGGGUGACCUUGACCUCACGCAGAAGGCCCUUAAGGAUGCCCAGGGGGAGCUGCAGCUGGUCAAGGGAGAGAGGGAGAAGGCAAUUAAGGACCUUGCCUUCUGGACGGCCAGCGCGGAAAAUGACCAGCAGGAAAAGAACUCGCUGGCUUUGAAGUAUUCUGAGGUGACGGAGGAACUUAUCUCCAGGCAGGAGGAAUUGGAGGAAAGUCGGAAGAAAUCUUACUCACUGGAGGAGAAAUUGGAGAAGACAUUGGAGGAGCUGGUAUCCAUCAAGGUCCAUCAUGCCGCCCACACCCCCCCUGAGAGCUAAGUGGAAGACCUGUUGGAUGAGAAGAAAGUCCACAUGGAGCGAGAGUCCGUUGUGAAGGCGGAUCUGGCCCACCUGAAGGACCGUCUGGCAUCCCUGGAGGAGGAGCAGCGGAGUGACAGGAGUGGGCGAGAGGCAGCGGAGACCAUCGCCUGUGACCUUAGUGCUCGUCUACAGGCGGCCAAGGCAGAGUACCAGACCUUGGCGUUGACCAACCUUAAGCUGGUCAAGAAAGUCAAAAGGAUGAGGAGCAGGGGAGAGGCCAGCAUCAGCAGCCUGGACACAGACACCAACACCAUCUCAACAAAACAACAGAAAAACGCAGACAUGACCACCUCCACUGCCUCCUGGGUCUGCGCCAACAUGGAGGAGGGAGGAGGAGAAGAGGAGGAGGAAGAGGAAGACGAGGGGGAGGAGGAAGAAGCACCAACCAUCCUCACCCAGUCCUGUUGCUCCCAGACGACGCAGCAGCUAAGUGAGGCAGUGAACAAGAAAAUGGAGGAUAUUGUCCGUGAGCUCUCCCAGCAGAUCCUCUCGCUCAAACAUCAAUUGGAGGAGAAGGAGAGCGCCGGGAGGGAUGGAGCGACCGCGGAGGAGCCGGAGAGAGAUGCACGGAGGCCUGGAGCGAACGGAGAGGCGGAGGAAACCCAAGUGGAGGAGGGGGAGGAGUCCGAAGUUACCCCUCCGGAAACCACCACAUCGGACCCAGUUCUGUACGGAAACACCUUCUUGCCGGCUGCUCCCACCGCCCCAGUGUUUCUACCGGAGCGCUCACCCGGCCCCCAUAGACCGAGCCAGGCCGCAGCUACACCCCAGACCCCACCACAGCCCCCUACAGUCAACCAGUCCACCGCAAACCAUCAAAGGGUAUCCCGAACAACACACAUGCAAGACUCGCAUUCGGGGAGCGUUACGGCAAAUUCAGCCCAGACGACGCAGCCCACAGACCCCAUACCAGCCCCGCGUGUCCAGUACUACCACCCGCAGGUCCCCAGUCACCCGUGUCCACCCCAGGGCAUGGCUACGGGGCUCCCACCUCCGUUACUCCCAGAAUCAACACCCAUGGCAAGGCAAGCAGCUGUUUUGAGCCAAUUCUCGCACUCUGCAACCUCCUCCUCCUCUUCCUCCUCCUCCUCCUCCGCUGUGGCUCUUCCGACGGCACCUCCUCUUCUUCCUCCUCUUCCUGGUCUUCCGCCACAUGACUCAGAGGAAGAGGAGGACUACCACAGCACAGAUAGCGAUGGUAAUCCGACGGUUGCUUUGGGGUCAGCCUCGCAGCCCCGUCAAAUUCCGCAGCAACAAUAUCAACAACAACAACAACAACAGGGUGCCGGGGUACUCCCCCAGCCCCACCUCAGCCCCGGCACCAGCCCCUCGUCCCCCCCGCUGCUGGACUGCCCCCUGUGUAGUCUGUGUUUCCCCCUGGGUACCCUGAGGCUGCUGGAGGAACACAUCAACUCCCACCUGGAACAUGUCUGCCCCGUGUGCUCCCAGGCCUUCCAGCGCAACUGUCGAGAAAAGUUUGAGGAGCAUGUGCAGUCCCAUUUUGAGGAGGAGGAGGAGGAGGAGGCACGGAGGAGGAGCAUGGAGGAGGAGGAGGAUAGGCCACCGGGGAACUCUGGCCCCUGGGCGCCCCGGCACACCGGUAGAGUCCUCCAAAAUGCACGUUUGAGGGUGAGUCAACCGUACUUCUCAUCAAGUCAGCGAGGGAAGGCUCCCCUUCUUGGUUCAGGGAAGGCUCCCCUUCUUGGUUCAGGGAAGGCUCCCCUUCUUGGUUCAGGGAAGGCUCCCCUUCUUGGUUCAGGGAAGGCUCCCCUUCUUGGUUCAGGGAAGGCUCCCCUUCUUGGUUCAGGGAAGGCUCCCUUUCUUGGUUCAGGGAAGGCUCCCUUUCUUGGUUCAGGGAAGGCUCCCCUUUUUGGUUCAGGGAAGGCUCCCCUUUUUGGUUCGCUGUCCAGACGGUAUUGGAAUGCUGUUUUGAAGCCCCCCUCAGCGCUGGGCAGCCUUGACACACCAUAGCGAGAGAGAGAGAGAGAGAGAGAGAGAGAGAGAGAGAGAGAGAGAGAGAGAUAACACAAGCAAUAUAAUAUGUAACUUGAACUAUACUGAUAAUUACAUAAACCAAACAUCAUUUUUUUGUAGUUAUAUAGAAAUUAUAUACCUAACAAAACUAAUGAGAGAGAGAGAGAGAGAGAGAGAGAGAGAGAGAGAGAGAGAGAGAGAGAGAGAGAGAGAGAGAGAA